UGUACACAAACGCACGUGUACAAAAAGGUGACAACACAUCUGAUCAAAAAUAGUUGGCAAAUGGCCCAAAUUGAUAGAUGUGAUAAGGUUAUAGGGACGUGCAUAACAAUACACUCCUCCGUUGUCCAGUCUGGGACAUCAAAUCAGUAGACAUGGUUGACAGUGUUUAUCGUACCCGUUCUUUGGGAGUUGCUGCAGAAGGUUUGCCAGAUCAGUAUGCAGAUGGUAAGGCAGCUAAAGUAUGGGAGUUGUACAUUGGAUGCAAGAAUGAGAGAACGUCGGCUUACAAAAGCUGGUUGUGUGGACUACUAACUGGCAGGGGAUGUAAAAAUCUUCUGGAUGUCGCCUGUGGAACAGGUGUGGACUCGCAGAUGUUGGUUGAUGAAGGAUGCUUUAGCGUCUUCAGCACAGAUGCCAGUGACAAGAUGUUAAAAUACGCCCUGAAGGAGCGAUGGAAUCGCAGAAAGGAACCAAAUUAUGAUGCGUGGGUCAUAGAGGAAGCUAACUGGCUAAGCCUGGUGGCAGAUCUAGAAGAGUAUAAGAAGCCUCCUGGUGGUUUUGAUGCAGUCCUCUGUAUGGGAAACUCAUUUGCUCACUUGCCAGAUUUCGAAGGCAACUUAAUCAAACAGAAAAUAGCAUUGGAAAACUUCUACGCUAUGGUGAAGCCUGGCGGCAUUCUUGUCAUCGACCAUCGGAAUUAUGAUGCCAUUUUAGAUUUGGGAGAAGUACCAAAAGGAAAAAAUGUUUAUUAUAGUGGUGAUUUCAUUCAUGGCAUCAAAUGCUCAAAUUUGUAUGUGAAUUCUCGACCAACCCUUACUACACUCGACUAUGAUCUGGACAUAAAAAGUAUCGUCAAGAGUCAUAAAGAAUUUCAACAUCUUGAUGAAGAAUCAUUACGAAGUCAUUCCCAGUUCCGUCUUUCCUACUAUCCUCACCGUCUCAAGGAUUUCUCCGGACUUCUAAAGGAGUGUUUUGGAGAAACUUGCAAGCACGAAGUCUUUGGUGAUUUUGCACCUUACGACGAGAAGGAGACACCUGCGUACUAUAUCCACGUGGUCGAGAAGCUGAAAACCACCAAAAGUUAAGGGUUUUCUCUGACAUUCUUCCAGUCAAAACGCUUCCCCCUUAGCUGAUUACUUUGGCUCCUGGCCUUAGGGCAAGGACAGAAAGUUGAUUUUUGAGCUAGUCUUGGACCGGAUACAAAUAAAUGACCUCAUGGUUUAAGCUGAAAUCAGCAUUCAGUUAGCAAGUUCUCUCUUGGUAUCAAUCAAAGCUGGCUUAGUUGUGUAAUUUUUUUGCUUGCUAAGGAAGGUGUUUGACAUUAUUUGAUGUAUAUAAUGUUUAGAGGGUGCUUUAACCAACCUUAGGCCAAUAUCAGGGCAACCACAUCGGCACAUUAUGUUUUACUAUCGAUGGUGGCUGAAUCUUUACAAUUCUGGAGACGGUGUAGUUGAGAGACAUGUAAACAUGUUUACUUCUUGGUGUACAAAUACAUUUGGGUAAUUUUAAAAUGUCACUUUGAAAUGUAUUUUUGUAAAUCACAAAAUCAUCUGAAAGAAUAAAUAAUGGUAUUUGUUGAUGAUUGAAGA